GACGCCUUUGGAGUCUGGGGAUUGUUGCGUCCGGUACACGCACUCAAAGGGGCAAAUACUCACUGUCCCUCAGGUUCCCCGCUGAUGUCCAGAACAAUGACCGCAUCUUCCCAGCCACGCAGGGCAUCUUCCCGCCGCCUGGAGAGUCCCUUUUCGCGGGGCUUCCUUGGGGUGCUUUUGCUGGCCCUAGAGCUCCUGCUACCCACAUGCUCAGAUGCCUGUUGUGAGCUACGAAGAUUUGAAUCUAUGAAACCCAAGGGUGAUCCUGAACCCCCUUUCAGCCCUGGGUACAUAAUAAAAUAUGAGUGUCGCCAAGGAUACAGGCGGCGUUUUCCUGUUCUUCCGACCUCUGCUGUUUGUCAGCCUGAUAACAACUGGUCACCUGAUCUCCAGGAGGCUUGUACAAAAAAGUCAUGUCCACCUCCAAGAGAACCCUCAAAUGGCAAACUGGUCUACGUUAGUGAAAAUAUGGAGUUUGGCUCACAAGCUCACUAUGCUUGUAAUCAGGGUUAUUACUUAGUUGGACCAAAAAUUUUACAUUGUGGACUCUCUGGAAAUGAUGUGGGAUGGAGUGAGGAGCCACCACAUUGUGACAAGAUUUUGUGUCAACCACCUCCACAAAUCCCCAAUGGAGAAUUCACCAAUAACUACAAGGAUACAUUUGAAUAUAAUGAAGCCGUAAGUUACCGUUGUAAACCUUCAAAUGGAUCAGAUGAAUAUUCACUGAUUGGAGCGAGCAGGCUUGUUUGUUCUGGGCCUAACCGAUGGAGCCCUGACCCUCCUGAGUGUAAAGUGGUCAAAUGUGAAUAUCCAGCACUAGAGAAUGGGAGACUGGUAUCAGGAUUUGGAAAAAAUUUUCAGUACAAAUCAAAGGUUACGUUUGAAUGCCUGGAGGGAUUUUCCCUUGAAGGCAGCAGCAGUAUUGUCUGUGAAGCUGACAGUACUUGGGAGCCUGAUAUCCCAAAAUGUGUUGAAGAUACCUGUGAUGACCCGCCAACGUUCCAAUCUAUGAAACCCAAGGGUGAUCCCGAACCCCCUUAUCAUCCGGGGGAAAAGGUAGAAUAUGAAUGUCGCCCAGGAUACAAGCAUCAUUUUCCUGCUUUUACCACCACUGAGUGUCAGCCUGAUGGCACAUGGACAUCUCUCCGGGAGGCUUGUAGAAAAAAGUCAUGUACACAGCUAGAAGAACUACUAAAUGGAGAAAUAAUCUAUGUAAAUGGGAGUCAUGAGUUUGGUACACAAGCUCAGUAUGUUUGUAAUGAGGGUUAUUAUUUAGAUGGAAUAGAAAUUCUAACAUGUCAACUCUCUGGAAAUGAUGUGGUAUGGAGUGGUGAUCCACCAAGUUGUUACAGAAGAUCUCCAGAUUCAUUCUGUGGCAUUAUCAGAAAGUUUGAAGCCAUUGGAAAAUUUCACAUAAAGGAUGACAUGAGAAAAGACAAAAUCGUGGUAUACCUGAGAACCACUGAUUCAGGAAUGGAUGUAGCAUUUCUCAACUAG